AUGGGGACUGCAAAUAAGGUCAGUUUUGAAUUUUCAAAAUUUGGACAAGUUAUUGAUUACAAAAAAAUUCUGCCGAUUUUCCAAAAAAAGAAGUCUACUAUAUCUGCGAGGUCUAUGAGGUCUGCGAUGUCUACGAUGCCUUCGAAUUCCCGGAUUCGACAGGAUUUCAAUAACCGGAUUGGCUGCAAUUUAGAAGUCCACGGUGUCUCGGGUCGGAUGUCAGGGAUGUCAGGGAUGUCGCCGAUGUCUACGAUGACUACAAUUUCCCGAACUCGAAUCUUUUCGAAAUUUAGUUUACCUACAGUUAUGUACCAGCAUUCUGUUACUCAACUGUUAAUCUUAUCUGAACUCAAGAUGCUCUCAUUCCUACUCGACUACCAAUUAAAGUACCAGUAUCCUGUGUUCAUCGGUUCGUCAGGUUCGACCAGGGCUGGGAAAAACAAACGCCGGCGGAUAAACGGCGGCAAAAUUUCGGCGUUUCGCCGGCUAGCCGGCUGCGACGACACGGCUGCAGACGGCGAACGGCGGCGGCCGCCGGCGUUUUUAUGCGCACUACGGUUAAUCUUGUCGUAUCUGCAGAAACAGAAACACAGUAGGAACACUAGCUACUACUUUGAAAAACGUAUACACUUCGAAUCGACUGUCGCUGGAAUCGAAAUUGUUGGAAAAUCUAUGUUAAUCAAAGAGAUGCCUUAA